CUUUGUUAAACAUACUCGAGGCAAACGGACAGGAUGUCUCAGUAGCGACAUCGUACUGCGUAGCAAGUCUAUUCCAAGGCCAUUCCCAACAUUGUGGCAAGAGUGAAAUUUUGGAAACCUGACAGCUUUCUGCGCAGGUCUCCGUGUCGGGGUCGGACCGCGCCGCGCGCACUCUCUCAUUGCGAUGCCUGAACCUCACGCGUUCUUGCCACUGCCUGGCUGCAACAAAAGGGUAGGCUUGUCUCCUUCGAGCUGCUAGUGGCCCCACCCCUGCCCUUGCACGAAUGCGUUUGAGUCGCGACGCUGUCGACAUGCAGUGGCGGGGUGCAAAGCUGCACUGAGACACGCGUGACGGGCGGCAGUCGACUGGAACGGACGCCACCGUGUCUCGACUCUGCCUGCAGUCCGGCCAUGUCUGCUUUGUUCUUGCAAUCUCCCAGCACAAAGGUCGAGCGUGCCGACAGAAAGACAAAACGGUUGUUAGGCACCGCGAGGGGAGGGUGUGCGGAGGGAGACAUGGGAUUUCGAUUGCGUCAGCAUCGACCCCCACGGUGCGAAUGCAUGGAUUGUUUCUUGUUCGUUUCGAGGGUGCAUCGGCGGAAAUAAUUCGACUGCCGCGACACGCAGGGUGCGUACAAUAGCGGCGCUUUGUGUCUCGUGUAUAUGGACACCCCGCCUCUUGCUGCCGCAGCCAUGGCAACAGUUUCGUUUCGGCGGCCGUGGACGAGUUCAGGGAACCUGCACCGAAGAGCUUUUGCUUGGUAGAGCGACCGCAUGUCCCCGUACUCUGACAAAAAUGCGUGUGAGUGGCGGCGCUCGCAGGGCGGUCUUCCUGCUCUCGUUUCUGCAUCAGUUUCUCGUUGGCGGGUGCGUUUUGCGCACCCUUGUCUUCUGUCGCGGCGCCGCUGUGGCGCAACCAGGGAGGGGUGGCAGUCACUCGCUUCUUUUCCCUGAAACAUUUGCAGUUCUUUCUGCUAGGCGCCUCUCUGCAGCGUCCACUGAGCCAAAAGAAGCCGGGUGGCCCGUGUGGAAUCGGCUACAGAGUGCAGCGCCAUGCGUUCUACGGCCGUUAAUCCAUGCGUUUCGACGCCUGGCCCCCGACAGAGUCUCGUCAGGUGACCGUUCCGCACACGCUGAACCAUCCAGAGCUUCCGCAGCGCAGGAGCAACCGGGCAACCGUCCCCAUCGAGGACCUACCGAUGCUUUUUUCGGUGGCUUUCUCAGCGCUGCAGCGUUGUCCUGGGCGGCCAGCUUCCGCUGUGGCCAGCCACGUCAGCAGGGAGUCGACUCUGCUGGGAGGGAUCGAAACGAUAAGUGCCACUGUCCCCCGCGUCGGGCUCCCCAAGGGAUUUACUGCUCCAUAGUGUGUUCCCGGAUGGGUGCACAGAAAAAGAUGCUCAGCACCUCACCACAGAAAGGAGGUCAAACACCCGACCGGACACAGGGCAGCAUGUUCCAGGACCCCGACCACCCAGACGACCGCGUCAUCCGAGCCUGGAUCAAAGAAAAAAUCGCCAAACACAAGGUUGUCGUCUUCGCCAUGAGCUACUGCCCGUACUGCGACACCGCGCUGGAGAUUCUCAGGAACGCGGGAGUGAAGGAUCUGGGCGACGUGAUGAUCGAUCGGAUGGACUACACGCCGCAGAUCCAAGAUAUUCUCGAAGAAAUGACUGGCGCCCGGACGGUGCCACGGGUUUUCAUUGACGGGAUAUUUUUUGGCGGCUGUUCAGACCUGGAGGAGGCAGAGGCCAGUGGGAAACUCAAGGAAAUCUUAUCGGCUGCUGGAGCGAUUUGAGGAGGACGGCGUCUGUGAAGGGAGGAGUUGUUCCAUGCUUCGCUCAGCUUCCGCGAACAUAGCGGCAAACCAGAAGAGAGCGUGGACCGAUUUGUAACGCAGCUCGAAAUCUCCGGCUCUAUUUGAGCCCGGUCGAGUUGAGCUUGCAUGGAGCGCAAGGCGUUAACUUACAGACUACGUGAGCGGAAGCAUAGUCGAAAUGGGACUUGGGUCUGCGACCCGAGCUAGACAGCGAGGUACAGCCCUUCGCGUGUACGCUUGGUCACUGAGCUAAACAUGUCGUGUGUGAGUCCGCGGCCUUCCUCCGGUUUCCGUUGUCUGUCUUGACUAGUUGUCUGCUCGUAGGGUUCCGCUCAUUCGGUAGCUCCCUUGUUGGCAGUCAUUACCGUGGGGGAAAGUUUCUCAAGGGGCGCUUAUACAGUGCACAUGGCAGGUGAGUAUGCUUAGAGAAGGAAGCAUUUGUUUACUGUGAAGACGCAAGAAAUCCGUGGCGCCUGCACGCUGGUUUUAUGCUGCAGAGGACGCCGAAUGUCAAGGUCUGCUCUGAAGACUGAGGAACCGUAAACUGUCUCUGUAUGCCGCGAUCCGUGCCGCAUGUUUGAAACGCGUCGCGUUUCUAGGGGUGUGCGACGUCUCUUCUGAGGUUUUCACUCUUGUCAUGGAGCUUGAAACCGUUCGUUUCCUGUCACCUCUUAUGUAUCAGUGCCGCAAGAGAAGCCGGAAACUGUGACGGCACUUUACGGACUUGGAAGUAACCGAAACAAUCCUAACGGAGCGCAUGGUGGGGACGAGUGUUCCAUUUUAGGUCCUGUCUCUCUCAAUCGGUGUGGUUGUUCCCCCUCUACCUUAGUAUCUGUGGUUCCUGCUAAAAACGAAAGCCACUUGCCGUCCUGCCUUGAGGUUCAGGCACUGUCGGCACUUUGGUUUGUGUGCAAAUCUACAUGCGGCGGUCACGCAACAGUUGAAAACACUGUGUGACAGAGAGCACUUCUCGGUAUCGUGACCGCCUGUUGCGCGAGGAAGUGUUGAGGGAAGACAGCGUAACGAAGCGCUGGGAGCUGCUACGUCAAAGGGACGACCCCGAGAAGGUGAUGCUGUUCUCUCCCAACAGGCGUGCUCGUGGGAGUGAGCAGGAGGCAGACUGUGCGCGUACCUUUUUUAACGCAACAUACGCGUCGGAAUAGGACACACAGACACGGGUCAAUUAGACGCUUGGACACUGGAAUCGAAUCCACCUAGGAUGCACUUGUGGGUACAGAGACUGCGUGCAGUCUAAAAGAAACCCCUGUAUUCAUCUGACCGGGUCUGACUUAGCAACUGACAGUAGUGGAAGGGAAAUGGGACACUGUGCUGGCCUCUAAACCCCCAAUUACGUGUCCGAAUUUAGCGUUAUGGACGCCCGUAGUUCUGGUGCCCGGGAGGGAACUUCGUAAUUAUUCAGUUUGACACUGUCACGGACUGAAGAGCAAGCAAAACAGAUUGUGACAGGGGGCCAGACCGUCCCACCGCCGCGAGCUUCCCAUUUUUUAUGUGUCAAAUUCGAUGGCGAAUGAUGUCUCCCGCGUCAGGCUUGUAGUGCAGCGAAUGCAUUGCCACUACCAUAUGCGACAUACACCGCAAAAACGCAGAGAAUGUCGCGGGGUCGUCGUUUGUCGGCUACAUGCCAAUGUCGAUAGAAGAGCCAUGACAUCGGUCAUAUAAUUUCGACAAAGCAGGCGUGUGUUGACGCCAAGCGCGAGUUUUCCUUCAUUUCACCUCAGAUGUUAACAAGAGAGGUAUACGUUUCUGACGUGCUGUCUACCUCAUUUCCCGGCUGCCGUGUAUGGGGACCUACCGAGUGCUACGAUUUGGGAUUCGCUCUGCCGUGACCUGGAAUGCGUCUGAAACCGCCCCCCUCCCAGCCAAGACUCUCAGCCGCAAGGAGUCAACUCUACGUACUCAGACGUGACAGUUCCACGUGCGAACGGAACACAGAAGGACAUACGCGACGGCUAACUGGUGUGAGCCUAUGGGGGGGAGCCGAGACUGCGUGCGUGUGGUAAUCUAUACAAGAAACUCUCAAAACGUCAAUCGGUGAUUCUGGAAAAUGGUGCGAUGCACGUACGAUAAAAGUGCCUGUCCUCUAACAAUUUCACGGAAACAUCGAUUUCGCGUCUGCAUCGGAAUGACACACGAGUUGUACUUGCGAGUGGAAGCGACGAAAAAGAUUUCAAACGAUUGUUUAAGAGAGUUUUUCGUUGUCGGCGACAAAUCACUAUCAAAGAAUCCGUAUGUGUACCAUCCACGUGGGUGAUCCUGAAACGGAUCGAAGCAGAAUGCUUAUCUCGACCCUGUUACUUUGAUCAUCGGAACUGUGUUAAUCUUUGGCUACGCCUUCAAUCUUAUUUUCACCUACCG